AUGUCCGUGCAUAAUGGUCCUAAGGACAUCGUGUCACCGAAAUCAAAUCGAGAGAGUACAAUUCAACAAGUACCCACGCUUGUGUUGUCGCGAGAUCCUGAUCGACUUGGUUCUACAUCGAAGACUCUUGCUGGAAAGGGUUCUACACACCCUAAGCCUCCAUCCCACGAGUUGCUGCACGUGGACGCCAAACCGGUCCAUCCUGUGGUGAACGGUGAGCUUAAUGGUCCGCCUUUGGCAUCGAACUUCCCGCGUUCUCCACCAAGUUUAUUGUCAGGAGAAGAUAUUGAGAUGUCUCCUCCUGGACUCAUAUCUUCUCAUGCUCUCCCUGGUGACAUGGAAUUCGCCUUCUUGGGAGAUUCUGCUGGUAAAGGGAUUGAAAUGCAAACCAACCAAACCUCCCUUCUUUCUGACGACAUUAGUCCUGCUACGCCCAGUCCUGCUUUGAAAUCUGUGGGGGCGGUCGUCAAUGACUCACCAGCGUCCGCGACCGCGACCACGGCUCCUUCACCAGAAUCAAGAAUACCGGAGAAAGAUAUUGAUGUCGGCUCCUCGCGAACAUUAACAGGAAACACUCCCUUUCUUAAGUCUGUUCCACAAGUCACUGCCACCGAAUCUGUCGGUAGUCCAUCUCAUAUCGAGGCAGGAGAGCAGCCUUUGACUCCUGCACUUGACGUAGAACAACCCGCAACCUGGUUUUAUGGUCGUCCGUCUUAUUCAGACUCGACCGCAAAAGCCCUCCGUUUUGUAGUCUUAACGAGGCUUCAAUGUGAUCGUCAGACGCGCGAUGAGCGUGUUGUUCCGGUUCUUAGGGCCAAUCGGGCGAUCCGCGAGCCUUCUCUGCCUUCACCCAUUGACGCGCAAGACAAGCUUUUUGAGGAAUUUGCAGCUGAUCAGCCCCGUCAGGAAAGAAUGGCGUUACAUUCUCAGUCUAUUAGAUCGUCCUUAUCAGGACACUUCCUGGAGCGAGAAACAACCCUUCGGGAAAAACAGCAAAAGCUGAGAGAAGAAUAUCUUGAGCUACAUCAGCAAUGGAUAGCGCAAUGUGCCCGGCUCGAUAACGUGUCAAAAGGUGGUCUACCUGAGGAAUCCAUGCCAGCUUCUGCAGGCGGCAGGUCCACCAGACGAUCAGCUGCUGUUUUGGGUGAUGCUGUUCGCUCUGAUCUUGAGAUGGAGCAAAUCAUCGCGAAUCUUGGGAUGGAGGAGCUGACGGAUCCAAGCUACUUGGCGAUCAAGAACGUUGCAAAGAUACCGGAUAUGGUUUCUGUCGUUGAUGGCCGUGGUCCAUAUUCUUACGACGACACGAACAAUCUCUUGGACGAUCCUGCGGAAUUCUACAGCUCGUCCUCGGCUCUUGACCUCUGGACAGAAGAGGAGCGCAUUGUCUUCAAGGAGAGAUACGCUGCGCAUCCGAAACAAUUCGGGCUUAUUGCUCAACAUCUACCCAAUAAGACUGCCGCCCAGUGUGUCACGUACUACUACCUGCACAAACCGCACGUCGACUUCCGCAAGGCUAUUGCCCAGUAUGGUGCAGGUCGGCGCCGAAGGAACGGCAGGGGGGCUAAUAAGCAGAAAGGCAAUGCGCUGCUUGCGGAUAUUCGCCGCCAUGAUGAUGAGGUAUUGGCUGCCCACCCCACCUCCUCGGCUGUACCCAGCAAGCGCAGGAGGGCUGCUAUGCUGCGAUCCAAUGUUGAACCCAGGAGAAACCAGUCCCGCAGGAGUACCGUCCAGCCUGAUCAGACCCCCACUUCUUCCGGGACAACGCCAGAUCCUGAAGCGGAUGAGCAGAAGCGCCGGCGACGCUCCACCGCAGUUGCGCGUUCGUCGGGUCUUGCCCAAGAAGAGAUUGAACCUACUGAACCAGGCGCUGAGGCUCCACCUCCAAAGCAAACCAGAAGACCCCGGAAGCCAAGAGCACGCGCAGUCCCCGCCCCGUCAGAGGAAGCCACCCCCGCCCCAGAACUCCCAGAUUAUUGCAAGUCGUCGUCGAUGCCAAUAUCAUGGUCCAAAGAGGACAAAAGUUUGUUCCUUGAGCUUCUAUCUCAACAUGGUGAUAAUGUGCACCGCGUCGCUACCUCCAUUCCCCACAAGGUCUGUGGUGAUCUGGUAGCAGGCUGUGGCGCCGCUUAG